AGAUAACGUCCUGUAUGUUUGACAAGGGAGGAUCUUCCCGGCCAUAUUAGCUAUUCUUCAAGUUAUAGGAAGCAGGUCCUGCAAGAUAACAGCAGUCUUUGUAAACACCCAAAGGAAAGAGACACAAAACAUUAUGACAGAAGGAGUAAAGCUAGAAUGAGAACAGAAGGAGUAAAGCUAGAAUGAGAACAGAAGGAGUAAAGCUAGAAUGAGAACAGAAGGAGUAAAGCUUGAAUGAGAAUAAAAGGAGUAAAGCUUGAAUGAGAAUAAAAGGAGUAAAGCUAGAAUGAGAACAGUGAUUAACAUCCCCCGGCAGUAAUGUCCAGCUGGCUGACCGACGGGGAGGUUUUGACGGGUGAAGGAAGCGGGAUCGCGUCCCCGUGCAGCCCCAGACUGAUGGUGUUCCCGGUCCCAGUUAGCUGUGGCAGUCCCCGGUCUGGGCCGGGGGGCAGAGGGGUCGGGGGUCACAGCCUUGUCGGGUCACCCAGCUCCAGGGAGUCAGCACUGGGUCAGCCAGAGUUCAUGGGUAACAUGGGGAAGGCCAGGGAGCUGUUUGUUCUGUGUGACAAAGAGGGAAAGGGCUUCAUCACCAAGAGAGACAUGCAGAGAUUACAGGGAGAGUUACCACUGUCCCCAGAACAGUUGGAGUCAGUGUUUGAGAGUCUGGACAGAGACAACAAUGGUUUCCUGACACCUGUCGAGUUUAACAUGGGCCUUAUGGCUGGGGGCUUGAUGUGGGUGGAGGAGGACACAGAGGAGAGUCAGGAAGAGACAGAAACAGAGGAGAAGCAGGUGGAUCCAGGAGAAUUAAGGUUCAUUCAGAUACUGACGGACCUGGGUGCUGGAAAACUCUUCACAGAUCAAUGGGAGCUGUGUAAUUUGUGGUGUGAGCUCCAUAGGGACAGACCAGAGCUGCUCUCCCUUCUGGAGGACGUCCUGGUCCAAGCUCUGUACCAACUACAAGACUCAAUGAGAGAGAGAGACAGUCUGGAACAAGCCCUACGCAGACGAGAGAGUGACCAUGACAGCAUAGUUCAGUCUAUCUACGAGGAGAUGGAGAGUCGGGUCAGAGAGGAGAAAGAAAAACGACUCGCUCAGGACAGUAUAAGACAGUUGGACAGAAUGCAACAGAUUGCUGAGGAACUAAAGAUGAAGGAACAGGAAUUAGAGACCUCCCUGUCCAAUCAGAAAGAGCUGGAGGAGAGGAUCCAGACACUGGACAGUGAGCAGACAGAUAUUAGGACACAGAAUCAGCAGCUCCACAGUCAUAACAUGCAGCUUCAGGAAGAGCUGGAGACCAGCAGGGAGGAUCUACAGACCGCCCUGGACCAGUUAGAUCUCCUACAAUCAAACCUUGCAGAGCAGGAGAGGAUGAGAGACAGACGAGAGAGUGACCAUGACAAGGUAGUUCAGUCUAUCUACGAGGAGAUGGAGAGUCGGGUCAGAGAGGAGAAGCGACUCACUCAGGUCAAUAUAAGACAGUUGGACAGAAUGCAACAGAUUGCUGAGGAACUGAAGAAGAAGGAACAGGAAUUAGAGACCUCCCUGUCCAAUCAGAAAGAGCUGGAGGAGAGGAUCCAGACACUGGACAGCGAGCAGACAGAUAUUAGGACACAGAAUCAGCAGCUCCACAGUCAUAACAUGCAGCUUCAGGAAGAGCUGGAGACCAGCAGGGAGGAUCUACAGACCGCCCUGGACCAGUUAGAUCUCCUACAAUCAAACAUUAGAGAGCAGGAGAGGAUGAGAGACAGGACUGUACUGAAGGUCUCCAAGAACAUACAGAAAGAAAAGGACAGUCUGCAGAGACAGCUGGAGUUAUUAAGGGAUAUGAACAAACGUCUACGGGAUGAAAAAGAUGCCCACCAGUCCCCAAAGAGGGUUGGUUUAAAUCCCCUGGGUCACGGACACCCUCUCCUCCUCUCUCCUCUCCUUCCUCCCGUCCUCCCUCAGUCCAUCCUCCCAACACACCAUCACCACUCCCACUGCCUUUGCACCAGUCAUGACAGUUCCCUGUGGACACACCCCUUUAACCAUCCUCAUGUAAAUCCAUGCUAAUUCUCCCUGGACACACCCCUUCAACCAUCCUCAUGUAGAUCCAUGCUAAUUCUCCCUGGACACACCCCUUUAACCAUCCUCAUGUAAAUCCAUGCUAAUUCUCCCUGGACACACCCCUUUAACCAUCCUCAUGUAAAUCCAUGCUAAUUCUCCCUGGACACACCCCUUCAACCAUCCUCAUGUAGAUCCAUGCUAGUUCUCCCAGGACACACCCCUUCAACCAUCCUUAUGUAAAUCCAUGUUAAUUCUCUCUGGACACACCCCUUUAACCAUCCUCAUGUAAAUCCAUGUUAAUUCUCCCAGGACACACCCCUUCAACCAUCCUUAUGUAAAUCCAUGUUAAUUCUCCCUGGACACACCCCUUCAACCAUCCUUAUGUAAAUCCAUGUUAAUUCUCCCUGGACACACCCUUAGCUGUGCCGCACGUUUGUGUAGAAAACUAACAUACUACACUGGCUAUGGGUGAAUUUAUUUUAAGAAACUCGUCCUGGGAUAAGAAGCAUUCCCUCUUCGAACUACAUGGCUUAUUGACAGUAUUGUACACAUUAGGCCUGUCCUGUGACCUGUAGAGGCCAGCUGUAGGUCUAGUCUCACCACAGAGGCUUUUGUGGUGUGGUGUGGUUGUUGUUCCAUAGACAGGCUGCUAAGGAAGUGGAAUAGGACCACUGAUGGGUCACUUUGUGAUUUUGCUUUUUUUUAUGUAAGGAAAACUUUUUUUCAGAGGGCUAUAAAGCAUCACUCUGCGAGAAAGUAGUUUAUGUUGAGGAUUUCUGAACAAUGUAAAAUAGUACUAUGAACCAUUGUAAUCUCGCCGUGUAAUUUUAUUUAGCAACCCGAGCAAUAAUGUGAUCUCUUUGUAAUGCACACCUUUAAAGAAUUUGCAAUUAAAUCAAACUAACAGAUUGUAAUCAGGUUUAUGGUGGUUUUAACACUUGGCACAAUGCUUUUGCUCCUGUAAAUAAUCAAAAUAAUACAUUUCUGCAUAAGCUAGUCAUCUGUUUGUAAACCUCUUUGUGUGUGGAUGUAUUCAAAAUGUAUUUACCAAACAAAUGUUGUUGAUCAUCAUCUGGUGCUAAAUAAACACUGUCGUAUA